AUGUCAGAUUCAGAUUCUUCAUCCGCCUCUAGCGCUUCCGAUUCACGGGGCGGUUCGCCAGAGCCUGAGUUGGCGCCCACAGCUGAACAAGAGCAAACCACGCAGCCAGUUGCUGCUGGCGAGAAUCAGGAUGAAUCAACUCCUGAUGAAUAUUCAGCCGGGACUCCAGAGAGCGAAACGAAACCGCCAGAAGAAGAAGAAGAAGAAGAGCAAGACCCAGAUGCUGAGCCCCUCCAUGUAACAUGGAAAGGUGAAGGGAGCUCUGAGCCUUCUGAUACAGCCGUAGACUUCGUCGUGAUCCAUGGUGUUUACGGGGGCUGGGAAAACGAAUCCCAGGCAGGACCCGGCUCUGGUAAUAGUGAAUGGGUCGCAAGUUAUGCCGCGUCGCUAGAUUCGCCAUCUAGGAUUCUCCGUUUUGAGUACGAGCCACUUCAGCUGUUUUGUGGUAGAAAAAGCCGCCAGGCCAUCCGAAACUGCGCUCUGAAACUGUUACGAGCACUAGCUGCCAGGAGGAGAAACCAAACUCAGAAACGGCUAAUUAUGUUUGUUGCGCAUGACGUUGGAGGUCUCAUAGUUAAAGAUGCCUUGUCUGCGGCGGCAGCCGAUAUAGCCUCCUGGCUAGACAUUGCGGAAAUGAGUCGUAUUCUGGUUUUUCUCGGUACUCCUCACCGAAGUGUUGACCACUUCGGUAUGGAGGACACGCUUUCUCGAUUUCUUUUCGGCUCGUAUGACUCAGAAGUUGCGGAAAUUCGACCUUCUGCGUCUUCAAUACCUGGAUUUGCAGCAGCUGCUAUGGAGAUUAACGGCUUGUUUGUUGAAUCGAAAAUUCUUCUACGCAGCCGAGCAGUUAGUGUCUAUCAUCAAGAAGGAUCGAACUCAAAGGUAAACAAGGCGUUUGACACUUACAGCGCAACGCUUGGUAUACCCAUGGAGAAACGAAUAGCCGAACCAAGCGAUUACAGCGACGACUACUCCUCUGUUACGACUUGUCUUGGAGAACUGCUGAAGACCUUCAACACAAAACUGCCCGCAGACCAGCUUCGUUACGAGAGAACAAUUCUGACUCUUGCUUCGCCCAUCUUUCCUCUACAGAGCAGUAAACGUGACAAUGGAGUUGUUGAAAACUCACCGGAAAUCAAGUCGUGGCUGAAACACCGCGGGCCGCAAAUGCUCUAUCUUCACGGUACGAAGCACGUCCGCGAAACAGCAGAGCAGCUUUUCUACGUCAUGGAGGAGCACGCUGCCAAAAGCUCAACUACACUCGUCCUUUACUUUUCAUUUGAUCGAUACGAUGUCAGGUGCGACUCUCUUAGAGAUAUGCUUGCCACUUUUCUGGCUCAAAUCAUGUGUCUCUACCCUGCGAGCGGAGAUCGCAUCAGAAGCACUUUUGCUCGUCUAGAGCAGGAACGUGGAUGGACAGAGGCAGAUCUGAUUUAUCUAUUCGAGCGCUUCCGAUUUACUGACCAGGUCGACCAUGUCAUGUUUGUUAUAAAUCACUUGGAUGAGUGCACAAAGGGUUCUCGAAAACAGUUCCUCGACAACUUCGCAUAUCUUUCACAAGCGAGCGAGAAUUCGUGGAAAGUCGUUGUCACAAGUCACAAACCGGGUGCCCUUUCAGAAGAACUUUCAGGCCCUUGGUGUAUAAAUAUGGAUCUUGAUGCGUCUGAGGAGAAGUUGAUAAGCGUCGCCGACACUGAUUCCAAAGAUGACAUGGCACGACUACUCACAGCACGCCCAGAGCUUCAUUUUGAGUCUCGUGUCAUCGAAGAUCAGCAGCAGUUCAUUGACAAAUUUGAUCCUCUGUCCAAACAUAUCAUUUGGGAACAAGCGGCUGUGCGAGAAGAAUGGCCAUAUAAGACUACGAUUGAAGACUUGCUCAAGUCGUUGAAAUUCGACCCCAAGGCAUCUGCUAACGAGGAUCAAAUCCUGGAACAGCUUCUAUCUUGGGUUCUUGGAAAUUCUCCUGAGCCAGCAGUACUACGUCAGCUCCUCACAUGGCUCCUCUAUGCCGUACGACCACUUACUAUCUGGGAACUUGCAACUGUGAUCUACCUUGGAUCGGAUCCUGACGAGGGCCACGCCUCACCCGAUUCAGCGGCAAUAGAAAGCCUUGUUUCCAAGAUCAAGGUGUGGCUCGCGGGCGUUGUUGUGAUACAACACAACGAGGUCAGAUUCUGGCAUCCAAGGCUACGGAACAUUCUUAUGGGCAAAAGUGAGGGUGGUGAGAAAUCCGCUAGUUCUCAAUUUUUGUGGAAUGAGAUCAAGGAAACCGCUCACUUAGAUAUUGCAAACUUCUGUUUGAGAUAUCUUUCUCAGCCAACGGUAGGAGAAUAUAUCAGCAAAACUUUCACAGCCACAGAUGCGGAAUCCUUCGAGUCACCUACCUUUGCGGAUCGAGGAAAUUUAUGCUCCUACGCUCUCCAAGCCUGGACGCAUCACUAUUUGCUUAGCUCUCCUAAGCCCGACCUGUCCAAGUUUUUCCCCCAGUCGUCAACUUCCGAGUUGACAAGCGGCUGGGCAAAGGGCUAUUGGGCCCUCGCAAAUCCAAUCACUAGGAGUACUACCUGUUUGGACACUCUGUUCCCAAUUCUCGCAAGCUUGGGUCUGCUUGAUGCCAUUGAAGCACGCGAUGACGCGGAUACACGCCGAGGCUUGCUUGAAGCUGCCUCAAAGGGUCAAUCGGAAGUUGUUCGGACACUUAUGAAGAAAAUCGACGUGCCUGAAUCCACUCUUAUGGACAUUAUUCUGGCCGCUGCGGCAUAUGGGAAUGAGGAUAUGAUGAUAGAUAUGCUUGACCGCAUCCUGUCCAAGAACCCAAAGCCGGAUGUCACUACCUGGUCGCCAGUGCUACUGCAUCGAUCAGCGUGGAUUGGCUUGGAUCGGUUUGCAGACCGAAUUCUUGACCUGGGAUAUCCUCCAGAUAUUGAAAGCAGCUGGUCGUCGAUCACCAAAGCCUCUCCACUCUCUCAAGCAGCCCGGAACUUCCAUGUUGGCAUGGUCCGAACCCUCAUUAAGCACAAUGCGGAUAUGACCUCCCGCCAUCUAUUCAACAGAGUUCCCAUCCAUCAUGUCGCCGGACAAGGCCAUGCUGAGAUUGCCAAAAUCUUGGCCGAGGAAGGGAAAACUGACUUGGAAGUCACGGACGAGGACAAUAAGACAACGCUCUAUUUCGGGUCCUUGUGGGGACAUCAUCACGUUGUUGAAGUGCUAUUGGGGCUGGGAGCAGAUCCCAAUAUGGGUAUCAAACCCGAUGACACCCCCUCAAGCUGGUCGCCGCUUACGGUGGCUGUUGAUGACGGCUAUGAGAAAUGCGUGAAGCUUCUGCUUGACAAAAACGCCAACCCAAAUCUUCCUGGACCUUCCAUGUGGGGCACAGCUCUACGAUAUGCUGCUGUGAAAGGUCAUCUGAAGAUUUGUCAGAUGUUGAUUGCCAGCGGCGCAGAUCCUAACAGCCAGUUUAUCUCGCCUCCAAUCCUUACUCAGAUGAUCACGGAUUACGAGGCGAGCGAGAACCGGCUCGAGAUCUUCGACCUCCUUCUUUCAAUCAAUGCUGAUGCCAACGCAAAAGACGCCGACGGCACGCCUGUGCUGAUUCAUGCCUGCAGAAGCGAUCUUGCCAUGGAUCUUGUCCCGAAGCUUCUGGAGCAUGGCGCAGAGAUCAACGGGUUGAAUUCAAGCGACCAGUCUCCAUUGUAUUUUGCCGCGCUGGACAAGAAAGAAGAUCUUACCAAGCUAUUGAUAGAGAAAGGCGCAAAGGUCAACGAAGUCAACUCAGACACCAUCACUCCUUUGUACUUUGCCGUUCCCGAUGCCGAUAUAGUUCGUAUACUGGUCGAGAAUGGCGCAGACCCAAACAUUGGAAAGAAUGCAGGAUUCACAUCUCUUAUGCAUGCGGCCUGGUUCGGCUAUAAUGACUCCAUGACACUUCUCUUGGAGCACGGUGCAGCUCUGGAAGAAGUUUAUGACGGAGAUGACGAGGACCAGAAAGGAUGGACAGCUCUAACAUGCGCGGCAUCACAUGCCCCCAAGGACACAAUUCGCAUACUGGCUGAACAUGGAGCCGAUUUCAAACACGUAUCAGACAAAGGAGUACCUAUUUUGCACGUGGCAGCUCAAGAAGACGAUGCGCUCGCCGCUCUAAUGGAAUAUCCAUCAAGGCUUGAUGUGAACCAAGUCGACGGGGACGGAAAGUCAGCUCUCCAUUAUACCAAUGUGUCGUUUUAUAAUGUAAAGCUUCUUGUCAAUUCCGGAAUAAACCUAAAUAUUCAGGAAAAGACACGGGGCGAUACGCCUAUUUCUCUGGCAGCAUACACGGGAAAUCUGGAGCGUGCCAAAUACUUCAUCAAGCAUGGCGCUAAUAUUCACCUCGGAUCACCAUGUGAUGGCGCUGCUAUCCAUCAGGCAUGCCGACUAAGUCACAUGGAUGUUGUAAAAUUCCUCGUUGAAAAUGGAGCCAAUGUUGAUCAAGUCAUCAACUACGGCCCGUGUGGAACUCCUCUGCAGGCAGCAUGUUUGCAAUUCGCAGUUGGCGAAAACCGAAUAGUAGACGAGGUAGUUGACUACCUUUUGGACCAUGGAGCAGAUGUCAACGUAGAAGGUGGCUUUGUUGGUUCCGCCCUCCAUGCAGCGGCUUACGCAGCAACGCCGAAAACGAUCAAGACGCUGUUGGAUAAAGGAGCAAAAGUUGAUAUUAAGGAUUCAAUGAAUCGGAUGCCUAUACAUGUCGGAGCCUUAAACGGUAUUGAAAACUUCAAGGCGAUCCUCGAGGCCGGUGGGGACAUCAAUUCGAAAGAUAUCAUUGGACGGACCGCAUUGAGUUGGGCGGCACAGCCUGGAAGAGUGCAGGCCGUGGAGAAGAUCAUAUCACUCUUGCCUAAUAAAGAGGCUAUCGAUGAGGUCGAUAUUGACGGCUGGACGCCGCUAUGCUGGGCGGCUCGCGGCACGGAUUGUUGGCUGUCUGCAGAUCACGCGAGCGAGCCAGAAGAGCAAGUGAAGACGAUGAAACUCUUACUCGAGCACGGGGCCAACCGUUUUGUGAAAGCCUCAGUUGGUAAGGAGAAGUGGACCCCGCUGAAGAUUGCUCGGUUUACUGGGCAACCAGAAGAAGUCAUUGAGCUAUUGAAGCAUGGACUCGUUUCUGAAGAUGAAAAGGAGAAGGAGAAUGGGGAAGAGAAGGAUGAAAAGAAGGUUCCGGAAGAAGAAUCUGAAGACGAUAAAUCCAGGAAGGGAGUCUUCAGCACAUCGACAUGUGAUAGUUGCAGAUGUCGUAUUUACGGCUUUUGCUAUCAUUGCAAGGAAUGUACUGAUUACGACAUAUGUUGGAAAUGCUAUACUCAUAAGGAGCUGGUCCAUUUCUCAGAUCAUAUAUUUGACGAAAACGGUCCAGAGUUUGAAGAUUCACCAGACGAUGAGGAGCAUCAUGAUGCAUCGUCGGACUCUUCGGAUUCAACAGAUUCGGAUUCAGAUUAA